AUUGGCUUGUCCGCUGUGGCUUGGUAAUUUUCUUUCUGCCACCCAAUAAAAAAGUUCUCUUCCGUUCUUUCUUUCCUAGACUUUCUUCCCCCACCAGCAAGCACGGCGCUUUUCUACACUUCUAUUUUGUUUCUAUUUGCUUCAACUAAGAACACCGAAUCCACGUCAGAUGAACCAUUCAACUGAAUUCUGGUUGUUCGGAUAUGGAAGCCUCAUCUGGAAGCCACCGCCAGACUAUGAUCGUCGAGUCCCAGGUUACAUUAAAGGCAAGCUGUUGGAUACUUGUUUGAUGGAUAUUCUCGGAGAUGGAGCUUUUUUCUAA